AUGGAGAAGUAUACGCUGGUCGAAAUCGACAAAUAUAGGUUGAAAUCGUUGUUGAGUGAUCUGUUGGAGCAGCUUUUGACCACCGCAUCGACUUCAGAUGAUGAGCGAAUCCACAUCGAAAUCACCCUCAUCGACGCGUUUCGACACGAGAAUAAGCAUCCAACUGGACCCAAAAUUCAUCGCUUUGUCGAGAAGCUGAAAGAAUUGAUCAGCGAGUUGCGUUUC